UGGCGGCGGGGCCGGUGCGGAGCAGCCGAGCACCGUGGGGGAUUUUAAUCCGAUUCCGGCCGGCCCGGAUUUUAUCGCGAGCGGCUUUUAAAGCGCCUCACGUCCCUCUCGCCUCUGCGGACGGGGCAGCAUGUCCGAAGCGGAGCAGCAGUUGGCGGCCGCCGCCGGCGCCACCCAGAACGGACACGAAGCGGCUGAGAGCUCCGGGGAGCAGCAGCAGGCCGACACCGGCGGGGCCUCGGCGGCUUCGGCGGGCGCGGCGACGGCGGCGGCGGCGGGAACGGCGGGAACGGCGGCGGCGGGAGCCGGUCCUGCGGCGGGGACGGCGGGGGUGGCCGCCAGCCAGAACGGGGCCGAAGGCGACCAGAUCAACGCCAGCAAGAACGAGGAGGACGCGGGGAAAAUGUUUGUUGGUGGCCUCAGUUGGGAUACAAGCAAAAAAGACUUGAAAGACUACUUCACCAAGUUCGGUGAGGUAACUGACUGUACGAUAAAGAUGGACCCCAACACAGGGAGAUCCAGAGGCUUUGGAUUUAUACUCUUCAAAGAACCUGGGAGUGUUGAAAAGGUUCUGGAACAGAAAGAACACAGGCUAGAUGGACGACUAAUUGACCCCAAGAAGGCCAUGGCAAUGAAAAAGGAUCCAGUGAAGAAAAUAUUUGUUGGUGGACUUAACCCCGAAGCCACAGAAGAGAAAAUCAGGGAAUACUUUGGCGAGUUUGGAGAGAUUGAAGCAAUUGAACUUCCAAUGGAUCCAAAGACCAACAAAAGGAGGGGGUUUGUGUUCAUCACUUUCAAGGAAGAAGAUCCAGUGAAGAAAGUUUUGGAGAAGAAAUUCCAUAACGUCAGUGGAAGCAAGUGCGAGAUAAAGGUAGCACAGCCAAAAGAAGUAUACCAGCAGCAACAGUUCAGUAGUGGUGGAGGAAGAGGUAGCUAUGGAGGAAGAGGCAGAGGUGGAAGAGGUGGUGCUCAAAGUCAAAAUUGGAAUCAAGGUUAUGGCAAUUACUGGAACCAGGGUUAUGGGAAUCAAGGAUACGGCUAUCAGCAAGGUUAUGGUGGCUAUGGAGGCUAUGAUUAUUCAGGAUAUGGGUAUUAUGGAUAUGGACCAGGCUAUGAUUACAGUCAAGGCAGUGCAAAUUACGGGAAGACACCAAGGCGUGGUGGCCAUCAGAAUAACUACAAGCCAUAUUGAUCAAACUUAUUCAGGUGGUGUGGCCUCAGGCAGAAAUGGGUUACUAGCACUUAUAUGAAGAGCUUGCUUUCCCUUUCUUGCAUGAAAGGUGUGUGAUGCAAAGAAAAUCUUACUGUCAGGUGAAAGCAAGGGCUUGUACACAGAGUUGUUUCUGAAAUGGCUGUGACAUACUGUUCAUUUACUAACUGUACUCGGAUAUUUCCUGAGGACACUAUUUCCUAACAACAGCUGUGGGAGCUGUGACUUUGAGCUGUCUGUUCCUCAUGAGAUGAAGCUCUUUACUUCAUCUGCUCAUUGGGAGCUUGUUGAUUAAAGUGCUAACUAGGAACUCGUCAGCUUGAAACUGCUUCCUGAAACUGAUCAGAGGAGCCUGAGAAAAGCAUUUCCAGGAAUGGAGUUACCACUGGUAGCAGCAGAUAACAAAAAAAAAAAAAAAAGCCAGUUGGCUCCUCUUAAUCUUAAUUUUUAAACAGGCAUGACCUGAAAGAGCAGGAGUUUGGAAAACAUAGUCUAUAGUAGCUACUAGAAAGAUGUUGCUUUAAAACCAGUUUUAGAUACUCUGUUAAAUAAAAGCCAAUCCCACAUCUGCCACAGUUGAAUAUUUAUUUCUCCUAAAGCUUUCACUUAAUAAUAAGAUAACUGAAAAUAACAAAAUCAAAGGUCUUAUCUGGUCUAAGACAUACUAACAUGAGGAUUAAAUGUACAUUAUCACAGUAGAGUAAUUUUUCUUAGUUGGUCUUGAAACAUGUUUGAAACCUAUGGAAAGAAAAUAAUGUUAUGUUUUUCUUACAAAGUAUCAUAAAGCAAAAUCUAUUUCAUGGCCUCGUUUUCACUUACAUGCAAUGUAAGUGUUGUACUGUACUUAGUGAGAGGCUUUUUUGCAUUCUUGCUUUUCUGUAGAGGAGCAUUUUUUUGCUUAUUUUAGAUUUGCAGAUAAGCAUAUUAAGUUAUUAGGUGUCUGAGUUAAACUGAUUCUGUGAGUCAUCCCUCUGUUCUCAAGAAUCCAUAGUACUAACAGUUGUAUGUCUUUUUUAUUAACUUGCUAAAUAAAAUAUUAACACAC